UAAGAAUCUUCCUAGUCACCCCCUCCUCCCUUAACAUCUAUCUACAGAUUCAGAUUCAUGACACAUUACCAACUCCCCCAAACUCACAACAGGAAAAGCAAGAAUAAACAAGAGAACAGUCCAACAACACAACCAGAAACAUGACUUCGCCCCCGGCCUACGAAUACACAGUCUUCCGCCUCUGCAAAGAUGAUACUCUGGCGACAACUGCCCAGAGGUACAAGCAACUUCGCCUGCGCGCCCUGUCCGUCGCCCCGGCCUCGUUCUCCUCGACCUACGAGAUCGAAGCCGGCAUCCUGGAAGACGGGUGGGCGAGCCGCCUCGCCUCGGACGGGAAGGAGACUUUUAUCUGUGCGGCGACCCCUAUCCAUCAGACUUCGAAUGCAGCAAGUCAUGACGACAGACAAGGAAACGGAAUGGAAGAGAGUAUCUGGGUGGGUCAAUUGACCUUACGCGCACUCAGUCCGGAGGAAUUCAUCCUUCCUGAAGAGUCGGGACAGAAGAGCCCCACUUUCAUCACCACCAAUGGAGAAGAGGAAGAGAGGGGGGAAGAACUCUGGCAAAUGCUCAGCCUAUUCACCCUCCCGGAUCAUCGGGGCCGUGGACUCGGGAAGCAGCUGUGCCAGGAGGCGUUGAAGUACUUGGCUUCUUAUCGGUCGUCUCCCUCAAGGGUCUGGGUGCGGUUGAUGGUCAAACCCGAGAAUCAUGCGACGGUGGGCUUGUACCAGAGUUUGGGGUUCAGGGAGUCGGGGAAAUGUACGCUGGCGGAGGCUUUGGUGGCGAAUGGGGAUGCCGAGCUGUUGCCGGAGGAUGUGAGUGGAGAGAAGUAUAGUUCGCGGAGUGGUUUGAUUAUGAUGUUGGAGUUUAGUCGGUAAAGGUUACUUGUAGUAUAGAUAUUAUCUACGGGCAUAGAACAGAGAUGUGUA